UCGAUUUACACGUGUGGAGAAUAUUUUCCACGGUGCAGAGGCCUUGUGCUUUUUUUCCUGUGAAAUGGCUAAUGUAAGAAAAUUCAAGCCUCUCUUUGACAGGAUUUUGGUUGAAAAAUUCCUCCCAGAAGUGAAAACAAAAGGAGGUGUUCUCCUUCCUGAGAAAGGUCAAGGCAAAGUGCUAGAGGGUACUGUUGUGGCUGCUGGCCCUGGAAACUGGGAUCACAAAAACAACCAAAGGAUAGAAGUUAAUGUCAAGGUUGGAGACAAGGUUUUACUACCAGAAUAUGGAGGAACAAAAAUAAAUUUGGAUGAAAAGGAAUACUUCAUCUACCGUGACACUGACAUCUUGGGGAUUUUUGAGUAAUGCCAGCUGCUAUUUGAUUAUGUAGUAGUGGUGCUGCUAGAGAAGAAAAGAAUCACAUUCUUGGAAAUUACUGUUACUUUAGCUGUGAAAUAACUAAAACUGUUAAUCAUUGUGAAGUACAGUGUUCUCUUGUUAAACAACUUGUCUGAACCUCUUUUCUAUACAAGGGAAAGCCUUGCCACAAUUUCAGUAUUGAAAACAAAAUUUCAAGACAGUCUAGCUAGGUAGUCUUUUUAUAAUUAUUUAAUAUUUGUAAUAAGCAUACUGCUCACUAAUUUUAAGUACGCUUUUUUUUGCUUUUUUGAGCUGGUUGAAAGCCAGUUGUUUAACAGUGCAAGAGUUUGACCUCAAUAAAGUUUUGGUGUUGUUUUCAUGAUCA